AGACACAGAAGGUGGCCAGGCAGUGUUAGUGAGAAACCAGACAGUUGUGCAGCAACACGAUGGCCGGGAUUGGGCCCAUUGUUGCAUUUGUGAUCGCCCUAUGUUUUAUCGGUAAAGCAGACAGUGCCCAGUAUUUAGGAAAGUUCUUGGGAAAACUUUCGGAAUUACAUCACGGUGUCUCCGGUGAAGUUUAUGCGGUCGACGGACGAACUUUACAUAUUAAGGACUUCACGUACGACGGCCAGGGUCCAGGUGCAUACUUCUACGCCAGCACACAUAAAGUUGCGGACAAAAAUGGAUUUAGACUGCGGGACGAAAACGGCAAAGGGGAAGUUAUUAGGAGAUACCGAAAAGAAGGUAUAACGAUCACCUUACCCGAGGGCAAGAAUUUGAACAACGUAAAAAUAUUCUACGUAUGGUGUGAAGAUUUUGAU